ACGUUUGAUUACCUUGUUCUAUAUAAAGAAGAUCAAAAACUAAAAUAAUAACGUCUUGUAUUAGUGUCUCAAGCCUUUUGAGUUAUUGAUUUUCAUAAGAAGAACAAAGUGAACCUAUUAUUUUCACUUUUAAAAUUCGAUGACAAUUGUAGCACUUAUAAAGGUACAUAAAUCACGACGUUAGCAUUGUUAUAUAGUUUAACUUUAUUGAUCGCGUAUGUAUUUUAACGCAUUAUGUUUUGAAAGGAUAGUUUUUCAUACCUUUUGAAUGAUUUGUACUGAAGAAAAAUUAUGUAUGCAACACAACCGUUAUAUAGUUUAAAUAUUUGAUUUUGUGAUUAAGCUGCUGACUUCACGGAUGUGAAUAAAUUAUCUUAGAAUGAUUGUGUUUGCACAUGACAUAAUCACAGGAUAAAACAUGGAAUAUAGAAGAGACAAUGGACUAGUAGUAAGUGAUGAACCAGAAAAUGACAGUAAUGAAAGCAAACGAAUGGACAAAUAUCGCGUAUCUGAUGAACAGUGGAAACUUAUAGAGGAACGACUAAAUGGAGGUUCAACAAAUGCUGAGAGAUCAGGCUCUCAAAGCAGUAAUAGUAAAUUAUCGAAAUAUAGAAUUUCCGGCGAACAAUUGGAUCAUUUAGAAAAACGAAUGAAAUCCAAUGGAAUUGAUCCUAGUCAAUCGUCUACACCUCUACGACAAGACAGGUCAGCUUCUUUAAAACAGCACAAUAAUUAUGAACUUCUAGCAAGACAAGAUUCAGCGGACAGUGGUUACGCCAAACUUGAUCACAUUCGAAAUGGAUUACAUCCGCAAGAUAUUCCUGAUUAUGAAAAAGUAAAGAAAUCACCCCAUCCUAAUCGUAAAGAAAGUUCAUUACAACAGAAGAUUCAGCAUAGAAAAGAGUUGUCACAAAGUAUACAGUCUUUAUCAUCUGAAGCCAUACAAGACCUCAAACCACUGACAAUUCCAAAAGAUGGAGAUCUACAAGGAUUUUCUGUGGAAGAAAUGUCAACAUUCUUUCGGUACAUGCGUAUUGAAGACAAUAUAGUGCAAAGACUUAGCAAAAAAAAUGUUGACGGAAUUAAAUUUUCCAAAUUAAAAGAUACAGACCUUGAGAAUAUAGGAAUAAAGAAUCCAAUUGUCAUGCAUUUUAGAGACAGGAGUUGUAAAAAGAAAAUUCCAUUCAUGUUAUAAUACAUAUUUAUUGACUUAA